AUAAACCCUAAUAACAAACCCUUUUCGUCACUCUCCUUCUCGAUUCUUCUUCAUUCGUCUCAAGAUGGGAAGCCAAGCAGCGGUUUCGCUCCUCACGAACAUCGCCAAGGCGGCGUUUGGUCUCGGAACGGCGGCGACGGUGCUCUCCUCCUCCCUCUACACCGUCGACGGCGGCGAGAGAGCUGUGCUGUUCGAUCGAUUCAGGGGAGUGUUGGAUCAGACCGUCGGCGAAGGGACUCACUUCUUGAUUCCGAUUCUCCAGAGGCCUCACAUCUUCGACAUCCGCACUAAGCCUCACACGUUCUCCUCUAUUUCGGGUACUAAGGAUCUCCAGAUGGUUAAUCUCACGCUCCGAGUUCUCUCUCGCCCCGAGGUUUCGCGUCUUCCUACAAUAUUCCAAACACUGGGUCUGGAGUAUGACGAGAAGGUUCUUCCUUCGAUUGGUAACGAAGUCUUGAAGGCCGUGGUAGCUCAAUUCAAUGCUGAUCAGCUUCUAACCGAGCGUCCUCAAGUGUCAGCACUUGUCCGUGACUCUCUCAUCAAGCGUGCCAGAGACUUCAACAUCGAGCUCGACGAUGUGGCCAUUACCCAUUUGUCAUACGGAUAUGAGUUCUCGAGGGCUGUGGAGGCGAAGCAAGUGGCUCAGCAGGAAGCGGAGAGGUCUAAGUUUGUGGUGAUGAAGGCUGAUCAGGAGAGGAGAGCUGCGGUUAUUAGAGCUGAAGGUGAGAGUGAAGCUGCUCAGUUGAUUUCUGAUGCAACGGCUAAAGCUGGAAUGGGAUUGAUUGAGCUCAGGAGGAUUGAGGCUUCGAGGGAGGUUGCGGCUACACUGGCUAGGUCUCCGAAUGUGGCUUACUUGCCAGGUGGACAGAGCAUGCUCUUUAACUUGAACGCUGGUCGUUGAGCAAGCAGUUGGUGGGAGUGGACGGCUAAGUGACAAAAGAAUAAUGGAGUAUUGAAAUUAGUGAAUGGUGGUUCAUGGUUGUCUUUUCUUUGCGAUAAACAAUGUGAAAAGAGAAACUUUAGUUGCUAUUGAUGACCCUUUUAGGUUAUUUCGGUUUGAAUCUGAGGUGAAAGUUUGUUUUUAUAACAUUGUUCCCACUCUCCCUCCUAAGGAUUUGUUUGGAUAUUUUCUUACUGCAAUUGCUUCGGCAGUAAUAGACUCAACAGAUUAUUUACCUAAAGACUUCGUUGC